UAGCAGCACGGCGUAGGGGGCGGAGCUCUAUCCAGUUCUUGUAAUCCAUCAAUGGUGCGGACGUUUUUGACGGGAUGCUGUUCAUGGCUCGUGUUUAUCUUAGCUGAGUUGUGAAAGUGACCCAGAACAAAGCGAGGAUUUGUACCCCGACCCCGACACAGCUGACAUUCGCCGUGAGCCUGGAGCAUCAGCGGCUGAAGCUGGAGAACGAGGACACUGGGCCUGGAGCACCCUCAUCGUUUUCCAAUCUGUCUGCCUGUGGUUGGGAGCCACUCUGAUAGUGUAGUGCAGGAGGAGGAGAAGGAGGAAGAGGAGGAGGAGGAGGAGGGAAACGCAGCAGAGAGAGAGAGACUGCAGAACAACUCCCAGAAUGCCUCUGUUCUUCAGGAAGAAGAAGCCCAGCGAUGACUCUCAGAAGAGACUGGAAUAUCAGCUGUGCCGGUCUAAGGAGGCAGGUGCUGAUGACAUUCUGGACAUCUCAGACUGUGAGCUGUCAGAGGUUCCCUCAUGUGCCUUUUCCAUUUGCAAGGUGCUUCAGAAGAAGGUAUUUAUCCUCCAUAGCAACGAGCUAAGGUCACUGCUGCCCAAAGGAUGUGAUGUCAGUACUCUCACCACUUUAAAGGUUUUGGAUCUACAUGAGAAUAAGAUCGUGGCACUCCCAGAGGACAUCGGAAAGCUGAGAUCACUACAGAUUCUGAAUGUGGAGAAGAACCGUUUAAAGACCCUUCCGGAUUCAAUUGGGGAUCUGCAGCUUCUGCAGACACUGAAUUUGAAGGGUAACCAUCUCAGCGACCUGCCGUCAUCAGUCGGCUCUUUGAAGAGCUUGCGCACCCUGGACCUGAGUGACAACAACAUUGUCCAGCUCCCCAAAUCACUGGCCUGUAUCCGUACCCUCGAGAGCUUAACACUUGAUGCUGCUGAGAUGACCUACCCCCCUGCAUCUGUGUGUGCAGAGGGCACAGAGAGCAUCCAACGCUUCCUCUGCACAGAGCUGGGAGAAGAAUACUGUCCUCCGUCCCAGUAUCUGCUGCCAGUGCUGGAGAGUGACUGUGGACAUCAGAACUGUGACCAGUGGGAUGGUGCAGAGGAGGCUUGGCAGGUACAACAGAAUAAAUUCAGUGACUACGAGAAGAGAAAGGUACAGAAGCAGCAAGAGAAACUGGCUUUUGAACGACACUUGGUAGAAAGGCAAAAUGAACACACCCAGCUUGUGCUCAUGAACGUGUCCCGCAAGGAGAACAUUCUAAACUCAGUUCGACAGGAGAACAAGCGCCUCGAGCACGGAGUCAGCCAGCAGCAGAGGGCUCAGGAGGCCGACAGGCUUCUACUGCUGGAGAAGGUCCGACAGGCUGAAGACAACAUCAGCAGCCGCAUCAGCAACAUGCUGAUGGAUAACCACCGGCAGAAAAAGAGCACAGAGUUUCUUCAAGCCAUGGAGGAGGAACGGAUCUCUAUGGAGCAUCUGACUGCCAUCACACAGGAAGAAGCUAAUUCACUGAGGGAGAGGGAGGUGGCAGGGGCCAUGCAGGCCAUGCUGUCGUACAGCUGUGCUAUGAACCUCCUCCAGGAAGCCAGUGACAGUCGCAGACAGAGCCUGGUGUCUGAGGCUUGCAGGAGCAUGGAGACUUUGGACAAGAAGUUUGACAAAAUGCUGUCCCUCCAAGCUUUGGACAAAUCUAAAGCCAUUGCCCAAAUAUUGCAGGAGGAGGAGAUGCAGAAAGCCGCGUUUGAGGCUUUGCAGCUGCAGAAAGAUGCUGUACACGGCUACAUCCGCAACCAGAUUAAGAUCAUUGAGGGCGAGUUAAAGCAGUUGACGAAACUGGAGAUUAAAAAACGUAAUCUGGAUGCUGAGAACCUGCAGGAGGUUCUGGUGGAGCAACGCACAGCUCUGAGUGAUUUGUUGCAGCAGCUGCUGAAGCAGAGGGACCAGAGAGAGGAGGAGCUGCAGCAGAUUCUGGCCGAGUUGGAGAAGAAGUGCGAGUCCAACCAACAGAAUUACUGGAUGAUCCAGUAUCAGAGGCUGCUGGAUGCAAAGCCCGUGUCUCUGCGCAUGCAGGAAGCCGGUGUGGAGAAGGAGCUGAUCAACCUGCUGUGCAAACUGUCUGCUCAGCAUUAUCUGCCCAUCCUGGCUCAUCAUCGCGUAACAGCCGAGGCUCUUCGCCACAUGAGCUCCUCUGACCUCAAGAAGCUUGGCAUCUGUGAAGUAGGAAUCCAGAAAGCUCUUCUGAACUGGGCACAGGAUUUCCAACCUAAAGGAGCUUGUAAGGCUGCUCUGCAGGACAGAGAGGAAGAAGUUUUACCAUCAGCUCCACCUCCAUCCUCUCCUCCCUCUUUUCCCAGUACUUCAACUGCCCAGUUCCCCAGUCCUCCACUCACCCCAGGCACUCCUGUCACUCCUGCUGCCCCCAGUCCUGUGGAGGGACCGGGCAGCUCAGAGUGUGUGGUCUGCAUGGAGACCGAGUCUCAGGUCAUCUUCCUGCCCUGUGGUCAUGUCUGCUGCUGUCAGGUGUGCAACAACGCCCUGCAGAACUGCCCCUUGUGUCGCUCCAGUAUUUCCCAGCGUGUGCGUGUCUACUAUAGCUAGAAGCAGCUGUGCUGCUGCUGCUGCUGCUGCUGCGGCGGCGGCGGCGGCGGCUGCUACAGUGACACACUUGUUUAUGCAUGUUCAUUAAGAUGCUGUGAUCUAACCGAAUUAUGUGUUUGAGAAAAGAGGAAAAAAAGCUUUGAGCUGGAUUUUGAAGAGCAGAGAUACUUUCUUAUAUAAACUGCUUUAUGCUGUAUAUUUAUAUAAGUUUAAAUAGAAAUUUUUAAUAAGUCCGUAGCUGCGAAGCCUCUUCUAAUUCUGUUCUAUUUUUUCAUUAUAAUCUGAAGAGUGCCUUUUUUGAGAAGUUAUCCUUCUUGUCUCUUUUGUGUGAGCCAAUGUAACAUGUGUCCCACAUAAACCUAACCACACACACACACACACACACACUAGUGCUAGUGGUCGUUGUUGUUGUCAUUGUCGCUGAGGCUUUUCUUCCUUCAUAUCCAGGUCUUAUUUCUCUUUGUUUUUCUCACGUUAAAUUAAUCAACCUGCCAAAGCACCUGAUCUAAAGCUGCUUGGUCAUACUAACAUUUACUAUCUCAAUGUUAUAUUGUAAUCAUUGUAACACAAAUAUUUAAUGUAUGUACACGGCUGAAAUAAACAGUUUUGUGUUUAGAAACACAGCUGUUAAUGUC